CCUUUCCCGGGCGCUGGUAAGACGGGCGGGAAGACGGCCCCGCGUCGGGGCCCGGGACCCCCAGAUCGGCUGGGCGCGGGUGGGAGGAGCCACCUCCUUGGUCAGUCGGUGCUGGAAGUGCCCGCGGAAACCCCGCAGCAGCCGGCCCAGCUGGCGGCCGGCGCCCCAGAACGUUUCUAAGACUCGCACUCCUGGGUUACUGGUGCUAACACGAGUAGUUCUAUUCUGACCACCCGUUUGUCCAACGUUGCCGCCUACUCCCGGAAGCCUUUUGUGGUCUGCCAGGUCCUUGUGGCUUGAAGGACACAGACAGCCGACACCUCCUGAGCCUUGGGCUCGUGGUUGGUCACAAUGAUGUGCCAGUGCGGUAAAUGAGAACGGGGUUUGUAGUCUAGCCGGUUAACUCACUAUAUUGUCUUACUCUUUCGAAGAUCCAAACCAGUGGAAGACAUGUAUAAGCGGCUCCAUGUCCUUUAUCUUGAAUGAUUCCUAAAACAGUCUUUCUCCAAGCCCAGUCUAGAAUCCCCUAAAUUAACCUUUAGGGCCGGGAAGGUGAAGGUGUUUUGGAAAGUUGCCCAUUGAGUAACAGAUGCUAGGCGCAGAGAAGACACUAGAGGGCCUCCUAGCAUCGUCCUAUAUUCUGUGCCCGGAAACCUAGAAGUGUACCUGAGCUCGAGGCGUGAUCCCUGGAGCCAGCACCUGGAUGACCAAUUCACAGUGAUGUUCCUGAAGAGCCAAAGGGCUCUUUGAAGUAACCAAUAAAAAAGGGCCUGCUGUGGGUCGGAGAUCUGGCACAAAAGAGAUCAGCCCAAACAACCAGGAGUUAUUCUGCCAGCGCUUCCAACAUUUCUGCUACAAGGAGACUCCUGGGCCCCAUAAGGCCUUGAGCCAGCUCUGGGUGUUCUGCUGUGAGUGGUUAAGGCCUGAGAUACACACCAAGGAGCAGAUGUUGGACUUGCUGUGCUGGAGCAGUUCCUGACCAUCCUGCCUGAGGAGCUCCAGGACUGGGUACAGGAGCCUCAACCAGAGAGUGGGGAGGAGGCGGUAGCUAUGCUGGAAGAUCUGGAGAGGGAGCUGGAUGAAUCAGGCCAACAGGUUUCAACCCACGCCUGUGCACAGGAAGUGCUUUCUGAGACAUCGGUACCUCUGGAUCCAGCUAAGAAAGCAACAUAUCUCCAGCCUCAGCCCAUGGAGAUCCAGCUUAAGGGUGAAUCUCAGGACCCUCUACACCAACAGGAUUGUGAUGAUGUGAUACUAAUUGAGAAAGAAGAAUUGGUUCAAAAGCAGGAGCUUCCUGUAGAUAUGGAAUCCUAAGAAAAGUUAUCAGACCAAAUCAAUGGAGAGACUCUUGAAUGUGGAGAAACCCAAGAACAUGAAGGAUGGACAGAAAGAUAUCAGAGAAACACUUCAAAUGACAGAAGAUAUAAAUGUGAUGAAUGUGGAAAAAGAUUCACUCAAAACUCAAGCCUCAUUAGACAUAAAAGAAUCCACACUGGAGAGAGACCCUGUUCAUGUAAAGUAUGUGGCAAAACUUUCAUUCAGAGCUCACAACUUACUGACCAUCAGAGAAUACAUAGCCAAUUAAAACCGUAUCAGGGCUUCCCUGGUGGCGCAGUGGUUGCGCGUCCGCCUGCCGAUGCAGGGGAACCGGGUUCGCGCCCCGGUCUGGGAGGAUCCCGCGUGCCGCGGAGCGGCUGGGCCCGUGAGCCAUGG